AUGGCGACCGGGUCAUCAACCUCAGCAGUCCAGCUCGAUAAACUAGAGCGGCCGCCGACGCCAAAGGAGGGAAGGCUCCUCAACACCGAAGGCCACCGCCUCGGGUCCAACGCGGACACCAUCGGCGGGCUCCCGGCCCCAACGACGACGGCCGCCGUCAUCCAGAAGUGGAACCGCCCGAGGUCCAGCGCGCUCAGGGUGCUCUCGUGCUUUUGGAGCCUGCUUGAUUCGGGGGCCAACGACGCCGCCUACGGUGCUUUGAUCCCCUAUCUCGAGAAAUACUACAACCUCACCUACGUCGUCAUCUCACUCGGCCAGCGCGGCAUCGCCAUCCUCGCCUCGGCAUGCCACGUCGUCGCCUACGUCAUCAUCGCCCAGCACCCGCCCUACCCGGCGCUCGUCGUUGUCUUCAUACUCGCGGGCGUGGGCAAUGGCCUGAGCGACGCGGGGUGGAACGCCUACAUCGGCAACAUGGAGCGCGCCGACGAGGUCCUCGACUUCCUGCACGCCUGCUACGGCGUCGGCGGCGUCGUCAGCCCGCUCACCGCCACGACCAUGACCAGUAAGGGGAAUCUGGGGUGGUGGAUGUUCUACUACGUCAUAAUCAACUUGACCGUCAUCGAGCUCGCCUGGUGCACGGCGGCCUUCUGGACGCAGACCGGGGCCGUCUACCGCGAGACGGUCAGCCACUCGGACAACGACGGCAACGCUGGCCUGCGGACGGCCCUCUUCAAGCGGCCUUAUGCCCGCGUCUCAUGGCUCAGCGCCCUGUUCCUGCUCGCCUACGUAGGUACAGAGGUAUCGCUGGGCGGCUGGAUUGUCCAGUUCAUGAUCCAGGUCCACCGGGCCGAAGCCUUCGACUCGGGCAUGACCUCGGUCGGCUUCUGGCUGGGCCUCACGCUCGGCUGCGUGGCGCUGGGAUUCGCGACACCCAGGCUGGGCGUCAAGCUCGCCGUGUCCGUCUACAUCCCCGCCGCCAUGGCGCUCGAGCUCGUCUUCUGGCUCGUGCCACAGUUCCAUGUCUCGGCGGUGGCCGUCGCGCUGCAGGGCUUCUUCCUGGGGCCGCUCUUCCCCGCCGUCGUCGUGGCGACGACGAGGCUACUGCCGAGACAUCUGCACGUCAGCGCCAUCGGGUUCGCGGCCGCGUUCGGGGGCGGCGGGGCAGCGAUCCUGCCCUUCGCGGUGGGCGCCCUGGCGCAGGUCAGGGGCGUGCAGGUCUUGCAGCCCAUCAUCCUCGCGUUCUUAGGGGUUAUGCUGGCGUUGUGGCUCGGCUUGCCUAAGAUCGGACACAAGGAGGAGUAA